AUGAUGCUUGCUGUGUCUUUGUUGGCUGCCUUGGGAAUCUUGUCAGGUACUCAUGCCUCUCCCAGUCCCCCAGCACCCGAGCCGAUUGAAGUAUUCGAGCUACCAUUGCCGCCUGUCAUUUCCAACACCACCGAGGGAUCUUGCACGACAGACAUCAACCCGCACGGGACUGGAUGCAUCCAUCAAGUCUUCGACGAGUUUCAAGCUGGCGACUUCACCCCAGACGGAAAGCAUGUCAUCGUCAAUGUCGAAUUCGUAGGUGCCCCCGCGGCUCCAAACCCGGCUAGCAUCUACUCAGGCGAGCAAGCCAUCCUGAUCAAGGCGGAUGGGACGACGUUUCCAAACGGAGAUACCUGGAAGUGUUUGAGCUGCGGAGUCCCUGCCAGCAAUGCACGCUCGCUGGACCCAGAACGAGACUAUCCCCAUGUCGCCCGAAAUGGAAAGCAGGCCCUUUGGGGCCACAACAUCAUCGACUGCGGUGACUUCGCACUUACUAGCAGCCAAUGCACUCCGAACCGAACCCAUAUCUAUCCUAUUCACUGGCCGACUUCCGUCGACGGCUCUGGAAAGGGAGGUAUCCCUCGAGAGAUGCGUCUUCACCCCGAUGAUACUCAUAUGGGCUGGAGCUCAUUCACGUCAACCGGUGGUCAAUUUGCCUAUUUUGGUCGACUCCAAUUCAACCCUAGCCCCAAAGAUGGUAUACCCCUUGCGCCGCGAUACGAUCUAGUCAAUGUGAACGUUCUCAUUCAAUCCCACGGCGUCGGUCCUAUCAUGGCCAAUGGAACCGAACUUCAACUCCACGACGAGGCCAUAUCUGUUGGAGAGUUACGCGGAUUUAGCGGAUCUGGUGAUGAGAUCCUGUAUAUUGGGUCCCCCCGGGAAGCCAACAAUAUCGAUGUUUUCGCUAUUCACGUCACCACUGGUGCUGUUCGUCGCCUAACCAGCCACCCCGAAUACAUCGAUCCGCUCGCCUUUUCCCACGAUAACAACUGGUUCGUUGGCAUGGAUACCCGUGGAUCCAACCGUCAGAUGUGGAUGUCUGGAAUGCGUUAUAUCCCGCCCCUAAUCGACCUUGUUACAGUCACCGCGGCCUCUUCUACUCGAAACAACGGGGCCCGCCGUUUCUUCCAGCCUGUGCUGAUCGACCGUUACGGUGACCGUGAUACUUAUUUUGGUCAAGGAGUGAAUGUCGCAGGGAAUGGCAGCAGCGGUAGUGUGAACGAUCCUAACUGGAACGGCAGGGCAGACCCUGCAUUCUCUCCUGAUAGCACCAAGAUUACAUUUUGGCAAGCAAUCGUCGCCUCUCCUGACUGCGGAGGUGUCAAUCCUUUAGUUUGCCCUGUUUCUACUGCCGAUGGAGGCCGAACAUACCGUGUCAUGCUAGCCCAUCUUACCAAACGCAGUCCUCAACAACCUGCCCCUAUCUUCCAAAUUCCCGACAAAAUCCCUUGGGCGACUCCAUUUCCUCCCGGUGCGUCGGCUCCUGAUCAAUACCAUUUACCGGCGGGUAACUACACGCUGCGUGGAAAGGUUCAGGGAGUGGCGCACGCGAUCAUCACUUCCAAUCCGGAGACUGGUGGAUAUCGGUCUGUUUCGGUUCGGUACGAGGAUUACUCGGACGUGAAAGGAUAUGUCAUAAACGGGACGGAGUCUGUCACUUCUAUCAACACACCCACAGACCCCUGGGAGGUCAAACUUGAGUGGUAUUCCGACCUACAUGAGACUGGAGUUGUCACGGCCACCAAGAAAACGGGACCCGGUGGUUUCCACCUGUCAACCAAUGCUCAGACGAACUUGUUUAAAGCAGAUGGCACAUUGACUACUACGAUUGACGGUGUUGUCUAUGAGCAGCCUGCCAAUGGUACCUGA